AUGAUAUAUCAAUCAGUAAUUGUUAAGCUUUUUAGUGGAAUGAAACCACUUUGUUUAUUCUUUCCUGCUGUAGCAAAAACCACGAUAUUCGAUUUAAAACAAAUAAUAUUUGGACGCUUAUUGGUCGAACCUAAAAACCAAAAGCUCAUCACAAUAUCUGGAAUAUGUUUAAAUGACUCGACCAGAAUAUUUGAGAAUGACGACGUCGAGUUCACAACCUUGACGCUUAAACUACCAUUAUAUGGCGGCAAAGGUGGAUUCAAUACGAUGUUAAGAGCCCAAGAACCGGAAAGGGAGCGAGCUCAUAAUGAAAAAAUGCAAAGAAAAAUCGAAAAUGGUUUUAAUGAACGUCAAACGAAAAAAAAUAAAUUUGAUGAUUCCGAAUUCCUCAAACAAGGUGAGGAGAUGAAAGAGAAUGUACAAAUGGCAGCAACAGAAGCACUAAAAAAAUCGUUUAAUAUCACAACCAUCAUAACCACUAACACUAUUGCUACUCAAUCUGCUAUUUAUACCACCAUUGCUACACCCACUAAAUCAAUAAAUACCAAUGCGUUAUCAAUGUGUAGUGAAGAUAAUGACGAUGUUGAAAUGACAGAUUCUGAUGCAUAG